GGAGACGGGACGUGGCAGAAGGCGGCAGGUGUAGGAAGCCAGUUCCAGAGCGCCACUCGAAAGAGACGCCUACUCACCGCCGCUACUCCAGGAACCCCCCAACCCCACAUGAUCGCCUGCAGAGAUCCAGGACCAUCCCAGCGCCCCGCAAUUUACCGGUCGGCGCCUCAGCAGACCACCCAUUCGCCAGCGGGACCCCCUUGGAACUCCUCGCCAGGACUCUAAUCUAAUAGGUUCAGCGCGGACCAAUGAGGCAGCGCGGCCUGCCCAUUUUCCUUCUCUACCAUUGGUUGGAGGGUUUCGGCUCUGGGUCACUUCCCGACCAGUUCGAACGUUCACCCACUUCCGUACGUCACAGAGCCGCACCAAUGAAAGAGCGGCUGUCAGUUCCAGCUCAACCCAAUUGGCUGACUGGGAACAGCGGUUUGGACGCCGUUGUUGUGCGUGACGAAAAACAAAGAUGGCGGCGGCGACGGAAGGGGGUGAAGUUGGCGGAGUUUAUCAACACCACGCGCAGCGAGCGGUCUGCGCCUCGCGGGCCAAAUAUCGUGAGGGGCGAAGACCUCGAGCUGUCAAGGUGUAUACUAUCAACUUAGAGUCUCGAUACUUGUUGAUACAAGGUGUCCCUGCCUUGGGUGUUAUGAAGGAAUUAGUUCAGCUGUUUGCAUUGUACGGCACCAUUGAAGAAUAUAAUCCCAUAGAUGACUACCCAGCAGAAGAAUUUACAGAAGUUUAUGUGAUCAAGUUUCAAAAGAUACAGAGUGCAAGCCAAAGGGUGGAUGAAGGAGACUUCUUUGGUAGUUUGCUGCAUGUGUGCUAUGCCCCAGAAUUUGAGACUGUACAAGAGACAAGAGAAAAGCUACAAGACCGACGGAAGUAUAUAGCAAAAGUAAUUAAUUGCAAAGAUCAGUUUCAAGUGAAGAAACAGAUUUUGAAAACGUGUUUUCAAAAGCCAGAUGCUCCUGGAGUUCAUACGUCUGAAAUAGCUACUAAUAACUGGAAUGUACCUGCACAGUUACCCUGUUAUAAACAGUCAUUGAACAAUGUGGCCUCUGCUUCUGAAGAGUGCUGUCAGGAUACAUUGUCAGCACCCCAGUAUGCUAGUGACUGUGCUGAAUCAUCUGUGUACUGUAACCAGUGGUCACUAAUGCCUCAGAAUGUUCAACAGGGAACCCAGAGCAUACCCGCUCACUGCAGCCUGCACAGAGAAUUUGCUUGUGACAAUGGACUCAGUAGAUUUAUGCCUCGAACAACUCAGUUACAGGAAAGAAAAAGACGACGAGAUGAAGGCAACAGAUUUGCUCUUAUUGGGAAAGACUCUGAUAAUGCAGAAAUACUUAUUGGUCCAAGGCUGCCAGAACCACCUAAAAUAGACAUGGAUGAUGAAUCGCUGAACACCUCAGCAGUCUUAAUUCGAAAUAAGCUUAAGGAGGUUGCAAUCCCUGAUCAAGUUGCAGAACUAUCUGGGGAGACAUCACUGAAUUGUCUCACAAAGCCAACUGUGAAACAAAGACGACGGAUCUAAACACUACCGGCAGCAUCUUUUGUGUAUGUAAAAGAUACUGUUUCGACUGUUCACAAAGCAAUGUAGUACAGCUUGAUUUCACAAUAUCAAAAUGCUUUUUGUAUGUUUUAUUUUCCUAUUCAUUAUGCUGAAUUUUGUUUUAAUUUUUUUGUCCCAUUAUUAAAGUGUCUAUAAAUAUCUUACUUCACAGGAGAUCAGGAACAUCUCAAUAUUUCCCAUUGUCUCUUAUUCUCAACAAAAAAAAUUCCCCAAACUGAGGCAUUCUAACUGUUGGUAGGCAACAGAUGACUUUCCUUCUUGACCUAAAAAUGCUACUGGUGUUUUUCCAUAUUAAGUCACGUAGUGUAUUUUGCAGAGCUACAAAUCAGAGGACUCUUGAAACGCCUGUGCUUCAAAUGCCAUCCCACACUGAAAAAGAAAACAUUAGGUUUGAAAAAACAUUUAAUAUGUAAUUAAAGAACUUUAAUCUUUUAGAAUAUAUUCCUCAAUUUAUAUGUCUAAAGAAAUACAUUUUCUCAGUCUUUCUCUGUC